ACCUUCAUGUUGAGGGCAAUAACGCUUAAAACUCGAGAUAGUUUUGGCGGAGGGUCCAUAUAUAAAUGACGUAGGCAGACUAACCGGUCCUUUUUUCUCGCCCUCAGAGCAAAAUGACUAAGAAGAGGAGGAACAACGGACGUGCCAAGAAGGGCCGUGGACAUGUCCAGCCCAUCCGCUGCACCAACUGUGCCCGUUGUGUCCCCAAAGACAAGGCCAUCAAGAAGUUUGUCAUCAGAAACAUCGUGGAGGCCGCAGCUGUGAGGGACAUCACAGACGCCAGCGUAUUUGAGCCAUACGUGCUGCCCAAGCUGUAUGUGAAGCUGCACUACUGUGUGAGCUGCGCCAUCCACAGUAAGGUGGUGAGGAAUCGCUCCACUGAGGCCAGGAAGGACCGCACUCCUCCUCCACGCUUCAGGCCCGGCGGUCAGGCUCCCAGAGCUCCCCCCAAGCCGAUGUGAUCACCAUCCUAAAGAUCAACCGACAAACGAAAAAAAUAAACUUUUUCCAUUUUGGAAAAAUUA